UCUCUCUCUCUCUCGCUCUCUCUCUCUCUCUCUCUCUCUCUCUUCCUCUUUCUGCAUUGUGUUCGUCAGAGCAAGCAUGGCACUUUACAGCUCUUACUCUCUCUCACUUCACACCUGACCACAGAGCUGGUGACAAACACUCUCUUAGCGUAGCCUGCCGAGAGGGUUGCCUGCCGAUACAGAGAGUGAGAGAAAGUGAGUGAGUGAGAGAGAGAGAGAGAAUGAAGGACAGUCUCCAGCUGUCACUCUGACAGACUUCGGGCUGUAGCCCGCUCACACUUCCACUUUGGAACAACACUUCUGCUGCUGGCUCUGUUCUGGUCAUCGGAUAAUCCACGUUCAUGUCGUUUUGCCUGGUUGACAUUUUUGACAUGGAAUCACCCACCAAGGAGAUUGAGGAUUUUGAGAACAAUUCUCUGAAGUAUCUACAGCCGGAGCAGAUAGAGAAGAUCUGGCUGAGACUGAGAGGACUGAGAAAAUAUAAGAAGACAUCACAAAGAUUACGAUGUCUGGUGAAACAGCUGGAACGAGGUGAGGCCUCUGUUGUUGACCUAAAGAAGAACUUGGAGUAUGCAGCUUCUGUACUGGAGUCAGUGUACAUCGAGGAGACACGACGACUCGUGGACACAGAAGAUGAGCUCAGUGACAUACAAUCGGAUUCUGUGCCUUCAGAGGUGCGGGACUGGCUGGCCUCCACCUUUACGCGACAGAUGGGGUUGAUGCUUAGGCGGACAGAGGAAAAGCCACGUUUCCGCAGUAUCGUCCAUGCUGUGCAGGCUGGGAUAUUUGUAGAGAGGAUGUACCGGCGGACGUCCAACAUGGUGGGAUUAAGCUAUCCACCCAGUGUGAUCACAGUACUAAAGCAUGUGGAUACAUGGUCAUUUGAUGUGUUUGCGCUGAAUGAUGCAAGUGGAGAUCAUGCACUAAAAUUUAUAUUUUACGAGCUUCUCACCAGAUAUGACCUAAUUAAUCGUUUUAAGAUCCCCAUCUCUGCACUGGUGUCAUUUGUAGAGGCCCUGGAAGUGGGCUACAGUAAACACAAAAACCCUUACCAUAACCUUGUCCAUGCAGCAGAUGUCACUCAGACUGUACACUAUUUUCUGCUCAAGACAGGCAUGGUGCACUGGCUGACAGAAUUAGAAAUCUUUGCAAUGAUAUUUGCAGCAUCAAUACAUGAUUAUGAACACACCGGGACGACUAACAAUUUCCACAUACAAACAAGAUCAGACACUGCAAUAUUGUACAAUGACCGUGCAGUGCAGGAGAACCAUCACGUGAGUUCUGCUUAUCGACUCUUACAGGAGGACGAUGAAAUGAAUAUUCUCUAUAACUUAUCAAAAGAUGACUGGAGAGAGUUCCGAACACUGGUAGUUGAGAUGGUUUUGGCCACAGACAUGUCCUGUCACUUCCAGCAGAUCAAAGCCAUGAAGAAUUUCCUUCAGCAGCCAGAGGCGAUUGACAAACCAAAGGCUUUAUCACUGUUACUACACACCGCUGACAUCAGCCACCCUGCCAAAAAGUGGGAUUUGCAUCACCGCUGGACCACAUCUCUGCUGGAGGAGUUUUUCAGACAGGGGGAUAAAGAGGUAGAACUUGGUCUUGCUUUUUCUCCUCUUUGUGACCGUAAGUCCACCAUGGUGCCCCAGUCCCAGAUUGGCUUUAUUGACUUCAUUGUGGAGCCCACAUUCACUGUGCUGUCAGACAUGACAGAGAAAAUAAUGACUCCGCUCAUUGACGAGGCAUCACGCUCAGGGCUGGCCGGCUUCAGACGUUCCAGCCUGAAUAACAUCCCAUCUGAUGGCAAGCGGGCCAAUGUGAAGAGCACUGGCUCAGAGGGCAGCACUGCUCACAACUGCUCCCUACUUAGCGUUGACAUCAAGAGUUUCAAGGCUACCUGGAAUGAUGAAGUGCAUCAGAACAGAGAGAAGUGGAAAACCCAGGCAGCCAAAGAGGAAAAGGCCAAAAAGGAGGAUGAAGAGAAGACUAGUGAGAAAGAGGCUGACAGGAAACAGGACCUAAGUGAAGAGAAAACAGACACCACACUGGACAAAGACAAGACUGAAAAAGACCCAAAAGAAAAAUCACCCAACAAAGACAAGAAAGAUUUAUCAUUGACAGAACGCAUCACAGUCAGCAAACAGAGGGACACAAAUCCAGAGCCAUCAGACUCCACCAAGGCCAAAGUUGAUAAGAAAGAGCCUACAGAACUGCAGCCCAAAGAGGUGGAGGGCAAUAAGGACCCUGGGGGAGUGAAUGGAACAAAACUGGAGGCUGCUAAUGAGCAGGUGGAUGCAAAAGAACCGGACCCCAGCAGUGACACAGACAAUAGCCAGCAAGUUCAAAACGAUGCAGACGAGGAGCACAGCACUCAUGAAAGUUCAGCCACCUCCCUUGUAGCCAGUGCUGCAGCUGCCUCCACGCCUGAUGCACACUAACCACUCUUUCAUUUCUCAACAAGGACUCCAUCUGCUGGGCAACGCUCUCACUCCUGCACAAUGGCACCAUCUGGUUGCUGCUUUGAACUUAUUUUUUAAUUUUUUUGUUUUUGUUUUUUUUGUUUCUUAGUUUUAUUUUGGAAAUUGACUUUCCAAAGGUUUUUUACUUAUUUUUUAAUUAUAACUUUAUAAUUUAAAUCCUUGUAUUGCUUAAUACUCUUCUGCUUUUGCUGGAAUAUUUGUACGGUUCAAUUGUUAGGCUCAAUAUUCCAAUGAGACCCAAAAAGGGCUGCAGCAUGGGAGAGCUUGGCCUAGAGUUAACCCAGUACAGGGUCAUAUUUGCCCAUUGGGUGUUGCCAUAGAGGCACAGAAAGUCUAUUAGCACUGGAGCCGGUGGAGAGCAUAUGGCAGUAUGGGCAUCAUGGAAUCCCCUCCCAGCUGAGCUCUCCCUAGAGAUGAUGUACUCACACGUAUACGUAUGUACACACACAAACACACACACACACACACACACACACACACACACACACACACACACACACAUACGUGAACACAUAGCCGACUGGCAUGCCUAUAAAGCUACAGGUGUUGCAGAGCUGUCCAGACAUUACCAGAGAUGGGUACAUGCACACACACAACCUAGCACUGACACACAGCCAGCUGAAAUGCUCUUCCUGUGACAGAACCCAGAGCUAAAUGCACAUCUGUGUGGAAAAACAAGCUGAAGAAUGUCCGCUCGCAUUUGUUAUGUUGUUAUUGUCUGUAUGAAACUACCCAGUUGAUUUGCAUCAUGUCCUGUAGAAUAUGCUGAUCAGGACUUCACUAGCUCUACAGCAGUAUUAGUAAAUGUGCGUUCUUGGAAACGCUUUUAUUUACUGCACAUGUUCGCUGAUUGAUGUGACCUCUGAUUUCAUGUGUCUGAUGAAACAUUAGAUUGUGUCUGUUGCUUUGCUCAUAGAACAUUUUUUUGCUGUUGUAUAUCUUUACUUGCCAGUAAAUUAGUUCUAAGUGCUUACAUUGUUAUAAAUUCAGUGUGAAAAUUUUAAGAAAGUGUAAAUCUGAUAGGUGCCAUUUGGGUGACAUUUCUACUGUGCCAAAAUAAUAUAGAUUUGUGUGGUACAAUAUAUACCUGUGAACAUAAAAAUUAAAAAAUGGAGGAUAAAUAUUUUAAUAUAUAAAGCAGGGCAGUCAAACCUCAUAAUCUACUGACCAAACACGUGGCCAUGUGUCCAUUUCUCCAGUAUGGUAAGCUGCAUUUGUAAAUCUAGACACUGUUCAAGCCACAAUGCCAUCUUAGGUACGACACGGCUCUAUGCCUCACUGUUAAAAAUAUCAGUUGAUUGGAACUUGUAAUAUAGUACCUGUACUUUCUGAUUUGAACAGUCAUAUGGAUUUUUCAAGCGUUCUGUAAAUAUUUACUGUAUAUAAAUAAGAACAUUUUUAUUUCUAACCGGCUGUGUACAGAUACAGACAGUAGAUUUAUGCCUGCAAUCAGCAGUGAACAUUCGACUUAUUACGAUGUGGAAGGUCAGCAUCAUUAUAAGUUCACCAAGUUAUUUUGAUUAAAGUGUAUUAUAGAAGGUAUAACAUUUUUUUAUUUUUCUUAUGUCUGGAGUUGCUGCUCCAGCUGUUCUCAGACUGUUUUAUCUUACAAAUGAUUAAAUUAAAUAAAAAUCAUACCACUUCCUUUGAUGCACUUAAUUAAAUUCUUAAAGUAUAUGAGCCACCACAACAUCUCCUAGAUAGAUAUUCCCAAGCCAUAAGUAUUUUGUAUUAAAAAUUGAAAUUCUAACAUUCCUUAUGUACUAAUAUUUUGGCUUGAUACCAUACAGAGAUUAUUCUUUAACAGGAACAAAUUUCAAAGUGCAAAUGCUAAUGGUGAAUGUAAUCAAAAGCACAUGCUCACUGUGCUGCACAUCAAGACUUGAGAAAAAUCCCACCAGAAAUAUUAAAUAACAUCUUUUAAUUUCUUUUAUACCAUUUUAUAUGUUAAAUGGUCAACAAGCGCACUGUGUUUAAAUUGUUAUUGCUGCCGUUACCAAAGAGACAAAUAGAUUUAUUUUGUAGAUUAAUCCUUUGUUCCUUAGCACAACCCGUGUGAGCAGAAAAAGAGUCAUGAGAUUUUGUGCAAUUUGUUUUUAUGAGGUUUAUUAUGCUUAACAAUAAUUACUGCCUUAAAUUCAAUUUAUUGUACUACUGAUGUGUGAUUAUUCAAAACCUCAAUGUAGUAUCAGGUUGGUUUUUUUUUUCAAGAUUUUGUUUUCUGACAAGAAUGUAUGCUAAUUAUCAGUCCUUGUAUGCCAAUCAUUAUUUGUAUGGAUUGUGUGUUAUGAAUCUUUUUUCUAUUAAUGUAGUGUUCAGUGGAAACUCAGCAAUCAUGAGCUGCUUCCAACAUCAGCUUCUUCUGUCUCUGACUGUCUGCAAAAUUACUGUUUUAAGUGAUGUAGUAAGCAUAUAUCAAAUAGUUAUUCAUCAUUAUGCUGAUAUUAAAUUUAAGUGACUUAAUUUUUUCACAUAUCUUGUCACCAGCAAGUUCAAUAGUCUGAUUACAGAGCAUUAGGCAUGACAUUAUAACCUGCUAACUAAAGUACUGUACAAAGGUAUUAGGCACAUCUGGAGAAAGUCUGUGAUGCAAAGUUUCUUUCAUAAUAAUUUCAUUUUUAAAAUAACAUAUAAAAUUAAACACUAAACAGAAGAUACAAAAAUAAAUCAACAUUUUGAUCUGACCACUCCAUUUAUUAUGAAAAUCUUAAAAUUCUCUUAGGUUGAGCAGAUCCAUAGGAAGAUGGUUGGUUGCCAUUCAGGAGUUCAGAAUGGGUCUUCACUCAGAAUCCAUGGUCCAUGACUCUUUUGUAGACUUGUCACUUUUUUUUUUCCAGAAAAGUGGUCUAAAAUCCUCCUUCCUUUAAUGAUACACAAUUUUAAAUUCUAUUUUUUUGGAAAAAAAGCAUCUUCUUCUGAUGCACUAAUUGCCAAGAAUAUAAAAUAAACAAAAACUAAGACUGCCUGCAAAGCCUUUGCACAAUACUGUAAAAACAUGCCUAGUGCUGCUGAUAAAAUCCAAAUAGUUGUGAGAAUUCUAUUUUCUUUUGACAUUAAAGGUCACUCUGAGCGUACUAUUGCCCUCAGGGGUGAGAUGCCCGACAGACCUGUUAACUGCAUCUGUUUGCUUAGUAACCCUUAGUAACUCACCUUAUCAGCAGUCAGCUGUGACAUGAAGUGUGCAGUGAAAUAUACUCCAUAGAACAUAGGAGUAAAUAUGGUACAGUGACAUAUUGCCUUAAUUUUUUUUUUUGUUGUUGUUGUUUGUUUUGUUUUUUGAUGUCUUUUUGCUCAUUUAUAAAAGCAAACUGCCAGGUGUUUAGAUUAGUUAUGUCCGUCAAUGUCUAUGUUUCUGUCAUGGCAUUGUGUGGGUUUCAUUCACUUCUCUGGAAUUUGUACUGACAAAAUGUAUAUAGGUGUAAUAUUAUUAUUAAUAAUAAUAAUAAUAAUAAUAAUAAUAAUAAUAAUAAUAAUAAUUUCUUACUGAUAGAAGUGAAGCGUGAACUCAUAGAUGCAGAUUUGUCAGAUCAGAUGCAGAUAAGUAGCAGAUUUGUUUAAGAGAAGUUUAGUAAGCAGCUCAGUGCCGUCCCCUGCAGGUUGUCUUAUGUACCGCAUCAUAAGCAAUGUGAACGCUAAUGAAAAUGUUUUAAUCACGUCGUUGUUUUUUUAAGUUCAGUUUUGUGCACCCUUUUUAAAGCAUAAGCCAUAAAAUGAUAUAAUUGUAUGUAUCCUUUGCAAGUUUGACAUAUUGAAAUUCCACACUAAUGUCCUGUUCAAACCUUUUUUUUUUCAAGUAGGGGGAAACAAUCACAAACCAAGAGAGACACAUGGUGGUGCGAUCCUGUUUGUUUCAGAUGCUCCAUUAUUGCACUGUUGUGCCAAUAAAUCUAAACUCAAAGGGCUCA